GACUGUGUAAUCACGAGGGUGUAAACAAACGGUACACGAGCUGCAGUUACCUGUCGUUUUGUUUGUUUGUUUGUUUCAUAUUGAAAUUUGGGAAUUAAUGCUACUCUUCGGGUCCGGAUGGAGAUAUUAGGAAGCACGUUUGACGACUCUGUGUUUUCGGAGGCGAGAGACCGAGUCUGUGUGUCUCUGUCUUCUUACAACGCCAAACUGUGUGAACCAGAGUGGUUUUGUGAGAGUGUUGCCCUUGACACAGAUGAUUCUUUGGAGAAGCAGAAAGUUUAUAAGUUUAGAGGUGACUUGGCUUUGAGACAGGGGAACUAUCAGAAAGCCUUGGAAGCGUACAGCUGCUGCCUGGAGUGGAUCGCCGACAACAACUUGACCAUCAGAAGAGAUGUAUUGGAGGGAAUGUCCCGAUGCUGCACCAAACUGGGACAGAGAGACAGGGCACUGGAGUUGGCUGACUUACUGAGCAAAGAAGCCUCCAACACCUGUCACCUGACCAGCCUCCUGCUGCUUAAGGUCAGCAUCUACCAGCAUUUUGGAGCCAUAGGACCAAAGAUGUCAUCUCUCCAGCAACUGUGUAGCAUGCUUCCCUUCAACCCCUGGCACUGGUUCAACCUGGGCCAGAUGUGUCUGCAGCUGCUGGAGAACGACAGAACCGCAAGAUCCUGUUUCUCUAAGAGUUGUGAAUCAGCCGAAGAGCAGAACAAUGGAGAGACUGAGGAGCAACAGGAGGAGGCAGCAGAGCUCGAUGAGCAUAGAAUCCGACUCAAAGCUUGCACUUGCUUCAUCAGGACGAGACUCCUGUUGAAAAUCCUCCGGCAGCAGCAGUCCUCCUUUGUGCUGCAGCGCAGUGAAAGCAGCCUACGGGCGGCAGAUGAGGCGCUACAGCGGCUAAAUCCCGAAGAAUCAACGCUGCAGACGCUCACUGAGGUGAUGUCAGAGGACCUGAUCCCGGAGAAGAUGAGGGAGGACUACCAAGAUGGGGAGAGUCUGGCCAGUGUGUGCGUGCAGAGCUUCAGAGAGCGCUGGUGGAACAAGAUCUUACUGACUGGAGUGUUAGAGACUGACACAAAGUCCUGAUGUUGAAUGUUUACAGAGAAGAUGUCGGACUGAAGAACAUGCUGAAGAUGGUUCAGUCACUGUGUAGAUCAAAGAGUAACAGACACAGAGUGAAUGAAGUGAAAACCACAUCCUACUCCGAAGACAGAAGUGCACAUCAUGUCUGCCUUACUGAUGCCAGAAUAAGUCCCCAUACAUCUGGAGGUCAGAUGUUCUCUUUUAAUGCUCAAAAUCUCAAAACAAUAUUCAAAAGUAUGAAUCAGACUGUUCAAAUGUAACAGAAUUAUUCAUGUUCAGUCUUUCAUGUAACUGAAGCACACAGAGAGAACUGCAUAGUGAAUGUAGUCGUUGUUUGAAUGUUUCAUCCAAUUCCUACUGUGUGAAAUAUCAUGAAUGACAGUGACUCUGUUUGCUAUAGAAUCAGGAAACAAAGUGAGACGCUCGAAUCUUUUGAAUGUUCUGCCCGAAAUGUAACUUUUGCCUUAACAUGCUCAUAAAACAUGAACAUGCUGUG